AUGAUACAAAAUCGAAAAGCAUUUAUUCCUGGUACAUUAAAUAAAAUUUAUCAUAACAAAAGUUUUGAAGAUAUCAGUGAUUUAUUUCUGUAUGCAUGCAGUCAUGGAGAUUAUAUUUUUGUUGAACGUUUAUUGAAUGAUGGUGAAGUGAAAACAGCUGAUAUUUCAAAUAAAAUGGGAAAAAGUGCUCUUCAAUUAGCAAUUGAAAAUGAACAUUUUGAAGUUGUCAAAGUUCUACUCGAUAAAAUUCCGUAUGAACAAUUUCGUGAUGCACUAUUAUUAGCUAUUUAUUUGGGACAUAUUAAUAUAGCCGAAUUUAUCAUGAAACAUCCUACCUAUCGAUGUUUUAACGGUAGCUUUUUGGAUCCUACUCAUCCACAGGCAUACGAUGAUUCACAAUUCAGUAGUGAUAUAUCACCAUUAAUAUUAGCCAGUCAAUACAAUCGUUUGCCAAUCGUACAUGAAUUAUUAUCGAAUGGGGAACGAAUUAAGAAACCUCAUAAGAGCCAUUGUGAUUGUGUUGAUUGUGCUGAAAGUACAGCAUCAGAUUCUUUACGUCAAGCACAAGUUCGUCUGAGCGCUUAUAAAGGUUUAUCAAGUGAAGUUUAUAUUGCAUUAACCUAUCCUGAUCCUAUUUUACAAGCAUUUGAAUUGGGUCAUGAAUUACGUACUUUAGCGACAGUUGAACAUUAUUUUCGAGAAGAGUAUAUAAAAUUGGCAGAUCAAUUAUCCGCAUUUGCUGCUAAACUAUUAGACUAUGUACGUGGACACGAUGAACUUGAAAUAAUAUUAAAUAAAACUGGAAAAGCUACUGAAGAAAAAUAUGUAAAUCUGGCUCGAUUUGAUUUAGCCAUUCAAUAUCAUGAAAAACCGUUUGUAUCACAUUCAAAUUGUCAACAAAAAUUAAUGGAAAAAUGGUAUGAAGAUAUUGAUUACAUAAAAAAUGCUCAUUUAUUCAAACGUAUAGGAUUCUAUUUAAUGUAUGUAUUAUGUUUACCAUUUUUAUCUAUUCUUUAUUAUUUUUUUCCAAAAUCAAAAUUUGGUGCAUUAUUAAAUCAACCAAAUUUAAAAUUAAAAGCUUACAUUGUUUCUUACACAGUAUUUAUUGUUCUUAUAAUGUUAUCGAGUUUUUUAUCUACAGUUUAUCUUGGACAAACGACACCACUAUCAGUAUAUGAUGAAAAUUUGUAUACAAAAUAUAUUGAGAAAAUAUUUUUAAAUGAUAAAUUAAGGAAUGAUUUAACAGACACAUCAUCAAGAAUACCAGUUAAUUGUGAUUUAGUAUUGCGUCCAACUGAACCAAAUGCAUAUCAAAUUGCAAUAUUCAUUUGGAUAUUAGGCUUUAUUUGGCAUGAAAUGAAGCAAAUACAAGAUGGUGGUCUACGCGGAUAUUUGACAUCUUACAGUAAUUAUAUUGAUUGUUUAAUGAAUACAUUAUAUUUAUUGCAUUUUUUUCUUCUUUUUUUGACCAUGUUAUUAACUCGUUUAGCACUGAAUGAUUUUCAUUCUGAAACCUAUUGGUCUAAAGUUGAAUUGUAUAAUAUGCCUUUAAAUCGCAUUGAAAAAUUUCGACUUGUUGAACAAACUAGAUAUAUUCUCUAUUGGCUUAAUAAUGAUCGAUACUAUUGGAAUUCUUCUGAUUUAUAUAAUAUAGCCGAAGGUUUAUUUGCCAUGGGCAAUAUUGUUAGUAUUUGUCGUAUAUGCUUUCUUCUACCAUUAUUACGUUUAGUUGGUCCAUUACAAGUUAUGCUUGAACGUAUGAUGGCCGAUAUUAGUAAAUUUAUAAUUAUAUUUGCUGUCUUUUUCAUAGCAUUCUCAUUUUCAUUGUAUUUGUUAUUCUCCUAUUUUUACGUUACACAACAACAACAACAAAAUAUCCUCAAUAAUAUUAAUAAUUCAGAAGUAGGACAAGUUUUAGAAAAUAAUUCAACAGCUCAAUGUCCAACACUAUUUUUUACAAUAUCUAAUGAAACAUUAAUGAAUUCGAACACGGAUACGGAUACGGAGGAUGUUAAUAUAGAUAACAGCACUUGUUCACAGGAUGAAAAUUGGGAUAUUUUAGAACAAGUUGGACCGUAUCCAGCCUUAUAUUAUUUUGGUAAAUCAAUUGAUGCGUCACUACUCACAACAUUUUUUACUUUAUUUGGAGUUAUUGGAGAAAAUAAUGUACCGGAUCGUGGUUAUGAAUUGAUAACACGAUCGUGCAAUACACCGGAUCCAUCAACGUAUAGAGUAGGUUUUGAUGGAUUUUCAUCAAAUCUUGGUUUUAUUCUUUAUGGAUUAUUUGCAUUCAUAUGUGUAACAGUUCUUAUUAAUACUCUAAUUGCUAUGAUGUAUGAAUCAUUUGAUACAAUUGAUGAACGAGCAGAUAUUGAAUGGAAAUUUUCUCGUUCAAAAUUGUAUAUGGAAUAUCUAAAACAUGGUAACACAAUACCAAUUCCACUCAAUAUAAUACCUUCACCAAAAUCGUUUAUUUAUCUAUUUCUAAAAUUUAAAAAAAUUAAUUGGAAAGCCAUUAGUCAAAAUAUAAUAAAAAAAAACAAUCAACCUAAGAAUGUUAAAAAUCCAAUUGAUCUAAAUGAAAUAAUUCAACCAUUAAAUCUUCAAAUAAGAAAUCGUCAAAUUGUUGGAGCAAAUAGUGGACCAAUUAAUACUAAUCAUAUUGUAAUUGGAUUUGGUAAUGAUAAUAGCAAAAAUAUCAAAAGAAAACAAAGUUAUUUAUCAAAUGAAAAGUUAACGUACAAAAUUGUUAUUGAGAGAAUUGUUAAACGAUUUUUAUUACAUUAUAAAAAUAAUAGUGAAGAUGAUAAACAAGAUAACGAUUUUCGUGACUUUAAAAAUGAUAUAUCAUCAUUAAGAUUUGAAUUAUUGAAUCAAAUUGAUUAUUUGGAUAAUGCUCGAUUAACAAUAAACAAAACAAUACAAAAAUUAAAUUCAGAAUUAAAACAUCGAUUGUCAAAUGUAUUCUCUAAUGAUACAUUAAAAAAGACAACAUAA